UGUUUAUCAUUUAUUAGAAUGAUUGAGAUAAAGAGCAUACUAGAAACUAUAAAAGAAAAAGUAAAUAUGAUUGACUCCAACACACAUUCCUGGCAAUUAUCAACAACAACGGGGAAGAAGAAUGCAAGCCUCAACCUGUUAAUUCUGUUGAUGACUGUCAUGGUGAUAUUCCAGGCCUGCAUUAGCCAUGGCUAUCCGGUCAACCAAGCGGGUCGACUCAGGGCCUUGUGGAAGGAUAAGAAGAAGCAAACUGAUCAGAAUCUUGCUACUGAUGAUGAGUGGGCAGUGACAGUGCUGUCCAGUAUUGGAGGAGGUGGUGGUGGUGGUGGUAAAGUUGGAAAGAUGGAAAAUGAUGAAAUUGAAGGUGGGCUUCCAGGGCAGCCAACAGAGGUGAUGUUUAAACAGUAUGCAGGGGCCAGGUUGUUCAUCACUUGGGGUGGGAGCCAUGGGAGAGAUUGGACCUUUUGGUGUAAAUUCAGACUGUAAAACUCUUUAUCCAAGAAAGCAUGCCUGGAACAAAGGUUG